AUGCCAAACCAAACCUUUUAUCACACUUUGGUGAUAGAAGCGAGUGACAAAAGACCGGCUAGUAUGAAAGUUAAAACUGCAUUGGUUUGUGCUUUUACCAUCACGAUGGUCUUUUUGGUAGUUGAAUCAUCAUGCGCCCCAAAGAGUAAGUUCACAGCAAGAAAUUGGGGUCCACAAUCAAUGCUAUACCUCAAGGGACGAUAUGGUAGAAGAUAUGCUUCUGAUAAUGAAGAACAGUGUUACAAGAUUGACUUGGACAGUCUGAAUGCAGUUCUGAAAAGAUACAAAAGCUCAGCACCAAUGAAGUUCCUGAACAUCAGAAGAAAAUUAAGAGCUCAAAAUAUGGACACUGACUACUUGGAUUAACGUUUCAUUUUACUUGCCCUUCAAAUUUUCCAAAUACUGUAAAUAAUUUUCAAAGUGUUCCAUUAAUGUCUUUAUUAAUAAUCCUUAUGCUGUAAGUGAGAAAACCUGUUAGAUAUGAUUACUUUAUCAUUAUUUUCAUAAGCAUUGUUAUUUCAUCCUAUGAAAUUUACAUCUGAAACUUUUGCAUGUAAUAACCCUCAACAGUAACAGACAACACAGAAGCAAUAGAAAAGAAAAAGUGCCCACAAAUCUUUCUUGCAGUUUGCAUUCUUUCUUCUCCCCACAGUUACU